AUGGAAGAAAUUCCUAGAGAGCUUGUCCUCAAAUGGGACCAGACUGGGAUCAGAUUGGUCCCUUCUUCUACUUGGACAAUGGAAAGGAAAGGUGAACGUCGUGUGGAAAUGGUCGGAGUUAAUGACAAACGACAAAUUACUGCCAUAUUUUGUGGCAAUGCUAUGGGAGAUUUCCUUCCAAUUCAAUUGAUUUAUAAGGGAAAAACACCUCGUUGUCAUCCUCGGUUCAAAUUCCCCACUGACUUUAAUGUGACACACUCGCGUAACCAUUGGUCCAAUGAGGAUACUAUGAUUGAAUACAUCGGCAAUAUUAUUCUGCCUUAUGUAGCUUGUGUAAGGGAGCGACUCAAUACUGAUAGUGCUGCCCUUGUAAUCAUGGAUAAUUUUAAAGGCCAAGCUACACCUAAAGUCAUUCAAUACUUGCAAGACAAUAAUAUCCUUAUCUCAUGGCUUCCUCCCAAUACCACAGACCGGCUGCAACCUAUGGAUCUGUCAGUGAAUAAGCCAGCGAAGGUAUAUCUGAAAAACAAGUUUGAUGAGUGGUAUUCUGAAAUGGUGACCCAGCAAUUAGAAGGCAAGGAUAUUGAAGACCUAGAAGAUUUGGAACUCACACCUGUUGAUCUAGGGAUGCCAGUCCUAAAAGAAAUAUCAGCGAAAUGGUUUGUUGAGAUGUUUCAAUACAUGAGUGAAAACCCACAGUUCAUUGUUAAUGGUUUCGUUCAUUCUGGAAUUAGUUCAGCGAUAGAUGGAGUCAUUGAUAUGGGAUCAACAGAAAGUAAAGGAAUUAGUGAUACUGAUGAUACAACCGAUGAAGGUAGUGAAGAAACUAGUGAUAUUGAUGAUGAUACCGUAACUAGUAGCAAGAGGGAUUUAGAGGACACCUCAGAUGAUGAUGAUGAAUAA